GGCCUUUGGAAUCAAUAUCCGGCCAUGGCGACGAAGCUGCUAAUUUCUCCUCUCUCUUAUCGAUGCACAUUUCCGACCCAAGACCAGCUCCAAAUUCAUCCAUGGCCUGGACGUGGACGCAUGACGAUGAGAAACAGAAGCCUUGUACUUCGAGUGUCAUCUUCCCUCGACAACGAGAUUCUAUCAUCCACUUCUUCAGCUGUUCUGGAGCAUUUACACCGGAACCCACAGUCUCUUUACCUACUGGCAGAUACGGCAGGCUACUCAUUGGCCAGUUACUACACUUCUCUUGGCCUCUUUAUCAUUUCCGUUCCCGGACUUUGGUCCCUUAUCAAGCGUUCAGUUAAAUCUAAGAUUGUGCAAAAGACAUUCAUAGGAGAAGGGGAGGGGAAGAAGGUGCCUAACCGGGUGGCAGGAGAAAUUCUUUCAUUCUUUACCAGGAAUAAUUUCGUAGUGUUGGACAGAGGAGAUACGAUAACGUUUGAAGGUACGAUGGUUCCAAGCCGUGGCCAAGCAGCAUUGCUUACUUUUUGCACAUGCAUAAGCCUGGCAAGUGUCGCCCUUGUUUUGACAAUUACUCUUCCCGACAUAGGAAACAGUUGGUUCUGGUUGACCAUAUUAAGUCCUCUAGCGGGAGUGUAUUAUUGGACGAAAGCGUCUAGAAAGGAGCAGAUCAAGGUCAAAAUGAUAGUAGGAGACGACGGAACUCUAUCGGAGAUAAUUGUUCAAGGUGAUGAUCAACAGCUGGAGCAAAUGAGAAAGGAGCUCCAGUUUAGUGAAAAAGGCAUGGUUUAUGUGAAGGGCAUUUUCGAAAGCUGAAAGUUGAUAUCAUCUCAUGUCUUAGCUUGUACUUUGUUUUGUUUUCUCAUAAGAAGUUUUUGAUGUUUAA